UUUGAUGUUAGUGAUCAGCCGAAAUUCCCACAAAUGUUCUCAGCUGCUCGGGAUGUACGAAUGCGGGAGCGGAUAAAACGGCCAGACAUAGAACCUUAACCAGGCUUUACCUUAUAACUCGGCACACCACCCAACCCCCUCCCUUCUCACCGAUCGCAUUCCAUCCGUGAGCCUCACUUUCGUCAUCAGAAGAGUAACGACAUCCAGUACAAUCAUCCAUUCACCACACUUUGUUAACAGCGAUCCUCCCAAAAAUCGCUCUCAAAAUGGUGUCCGAAAUCCACGUCAUCUCCAAGCGGGACCUCUCCAAGCACGAGACUCUCGCCGUCGACCUGCCCAUGCCCCAACUGGCCGAGUCUUCCGUCCGCAUCCGCACAUCGCUGAUCGGCAUCACAUCCAACAACUUCACAUACGCAAAGCUGGGCGACAUGCUGCAGUGGUGGAGCACAUGGCCGGUCCCCCUGGAUGCGCCGGCGCCGUACAACAACCGGGACGAGUGGGGCAUCGUCCCGGCAUGGGGCUUCGCGAGGGUGCUCGAGUCAACCAUCGAUGCCAUCCCGGCCGGCGGCCUGCUCUACGGGUUCUGGCCCACCUCCUCCCACCCUGCCGACUUGAAGCUCGAGCCGGCCCAGCCCAAGGGACACUUCCGCGAGGUCAGCCAGCACAGACGGGGGCUGGGGAGCCUGUACAACCGCUACAACCUCGUCGACGAGUCUGCGCACUCGGAGGAGUUCCGGGCGUGGUUCGCCAACGUGUACGCCGUCUGGAACGGCGGCUACGUGAUGAACCGGUUCACCUUCCCCACCGAUUUCAAGCCGGUCCAUCCGCUCGGCGAGGGCGCCGGGGAGUGGACCGAAAAGGACGGGGACCUGAGCUCGGCCGUGGUCGUGAGCCUGUCCGCGGCGAGCAGGACGGCAAGGUCUUUCACCUGGAACCUGGCCCGCAACCGCAAACCGACAAACGGGCCGCUGGCUCUCCUUCAGGCCACCUCUGUGCCGCAGACCCUGACGCCCGCGCCAGAGGCCGAGUUCGAGACAAAGACGGUCGACUACGGGACGCUCGUCUCAAAGGAGACCAUCGACUGGAUCGCCAAGUUCCAGCCAAAGCGCGUCGUCAUCACGGACUUUGGGGGUCCCCCCAAAGUCACCGACGGGCUGCGGGACGCCCUCAAGGCAGUGUUCGCGGAGUCGACGGACAUCGUCGUCUUCAUAGUCGGAGGCGAGCCCAAGGUCACGUCCCCGGAAGAGACCCAAGCCAACAUGGCGCUGUGGAAGAAAUGGGGCAUCGUCCAGCUCAACACGACGGGUGUCGUGGACGCCGGGAUUGCCACCGAGGGCGCGGAGCAGUAUUUCCGAGAAGCCGCCUCCGCUUUCGAGCAAUCUUUCAACGAGAAAAUCGUCGGAGAUCUCGAGCUGUCGCUGGGGAGCGGAGUGGGCGGCACGAACGGGGUUGAGACGGCGUGGGAGGGUAUCGUCCAGGGGACCUUGUCACUCAGCAAGGCAUGGGUAUACCGACUGGAUUGAGACGAUUGCCGGUGGUAGCCGGUGCCGCUCAUCCCGAUUUGUUGUAGAGAUUUAUUAGUAGCAAGCAUGACGGUUUCGGGGUCCGAGGUAUUUUGAUUCUGGUCGUCAGACUUUCGUCUUUGGGCAAAUACUUGAUCAUCCGAUUUCACAGCCGCAAGACUCAUUCAACUUUUUUUUUUCAAUGACAGUUCGGUUACGCCCAUAAAAGGAUUUAUAGUAGCCUUCCGU